AGAAUGUGGUAUUAGGAAUGCCAACUGACAUGAAGACGCCUGAUUGGUCCAAAGGGUCACGUGCCGUAGAUGGCGACAUCGGUACCUGUGUGACGUCAACAAGCAACAGAACCGGCUGGUGGCGCGUGGACAUGCUCGUGCAGAAAACUGUUUUCUUCAUGGAGGUUUUGUUUGCCAACCACACAGCCCGCUCUGGGCGAGUACGUGUGCACGUGAGUGACUACGUGGACACGUUCUGGGGCAAGCCGUGCACGUACAUACCCGCCUCCUACAGGAUCUACCAGUUCUCGUGCGACGUCCCCUCCACGGGCCGGUACUUUGGGAUCAUCAACAGGGACGGUCAGAUCACGCUCUGUGAGGUGUUGGUCUUUGUGUGCGCGCCCUACACAUUCGGCGUCGACUGCUCCCAAGAGUGCGCAUGUCUAGACCCCAGUGAGCAGUGCAACCCCAUCACCGGCUCCUGUACUUCCGGUUGCCGGGAAGGUUUGACCGGAACUUCAUGCAACAAACCGUGUAGAGGCAGGUACGGCCGUGGUUGUCGUCAAGUGUGUGGUCAGUGCGCAGGUCAGCAGUCAUGUGACCCUGUGUCCGGUGUCUGUUCCGUGGGGUGUGCACCUGGCUGGGCCGGUGCCAGAUGUCAGACAGCCUGUCUACCCGGCACGUAUGGGGUAGACUGUGUCCACGAGUGCCAUCGUUGCCUUGACAACAGCACGUGCGAGCCCGAGAACGGCACGUGCCCCUGGAGGUGUGAACCAGGCUGGCAAGGUCAGAGGUGCGACCAACCCUGUGGGGCGGGGAGGUACGGCCAGAACUGUGAGUUCCCCUGUGGCCACUGCUACGGUACCUCGGUCUGCGACUCCAAGACCGGGUUCUGUCCCCUGGGCUGUAGCUCUGGGUACGAAGGACUUUUCUGCACCAAAGAGUGUCUACCUGGCCUGUGGGGACCUAACUGUCUGUGGCCCUGUGGUCAGUGCAGUGACCCAGCCUGCGACAGGGUCACGGGGUUCUGUGACGGCACGGGAUGUCGUGCCGGCUGGUUCGGCAAUACCUGCUCCCAAGUGUGUCUGCCGGGGACAUACGGUGCCAACUGUCAGCAGAAAUGUGGGGCGUGCCAGUCGUUUUGUGACGUCACAGACGGGGCCUGUCAAUCAAGCUGCUUGCCGGGAUGGGAGGGACAAACGUGUAGUCUAACCUGCAGCAACAAGACCUACGGGACAGACUGUCAGUCAGGGUGUGGCCACUGCGCCAACGGCGAGCCUUGUCACCACAUCAGCGGCCAUUGCCUGCGCGCAUGCGUGGAGGGCUACCAGAAACCUUUAUGCCAGACACGUGCAGAAACCCUCCUGGAGCAGCUGGGCAAGCCCAACCUGCUCACCCUCCUCGUGGCUUGCAUGAGCGUGUUUGGCUGCACCAUCUUCGGCCUCUCCACCUGCCUGCUGCUCAGGUGGCGCCAACACAACCAGCAGACGACCGAGCCGUCUGCUCCAGCCUUCAAACAAACGGUUGUAUGACGUCACAGAUCUAGGUUUCAAACAAACAAUUGUGCGACGUCCUGUCUUUAUUAUAAUUCCUUCAACGCCAUGUUUUAUUACGUCAUGUUGUAAGUCAUUAGCGUGUUAAAUAAAUUGAAAUUCCGACGGCACUUUAC